AUGGCCACGCCACGCGCCAUGAGCAAUGACGAGUUGCUCUCGUCGCCCGACCCCCUCAACGCCUCGCGCGACGGAUCCUUCCUCCCAUCCUCCCGUCGCGUCACACGAAGCGCAUCCCAAGUCUCCCACCGCUACAUGUCCCUCGGCGCCAGCAACUCCCCUCGCAAGCAGACCAUCGCCGUCGAGAUUGGCAGCGCCAAGACCCCACAACGCCUCUUGGUGACCCUCGAAACCGAAAACGACGACCAGAACCGCAUAGCACGCACCCUCUUCCCGUCGUCCACGCCCGCGAGGAGGUCGCGCAGGAAGUCCACCGCUGCCACCACCAAAUCUGUGCCGCUGCGCGAUGAAGAUGCGCCUGGCGCCAUCACGCCCAAACGAAGGGGUCGCGGCAAGAGGAACUCGACCCCGAUGAAGCAGACGCCUGGCCGGAGCAAGAGAGCGAAAAUAACAGAGACGGACGACUCGGAAUCCGACGCGACUUCGCGACCGGCCCCGGCCUCAGCGGCCGGCAGGAAGAAGACCUCUGCAACCCCCAAGAAGCGCGCUGCUACCCCGAAAAAGACCGCAACCUCGCAAAAGAAGACACAACAGAGACGUAGCGCGAGAAUUAUGGACCUCGAGGAGGAGAGCAUGUCCGACGCCACCGUUCUGUCGGAGCUGUCAAACAUAACAACACGACAAUCCAAGAAGCGCAAGGCGCAGACGGCGCCUGACGAAGAUACAUCAUCUUCAAAACAAAGCACAAAGCGGGCCACAGGCAAGGCGCGCCGCAUGGCACUGAUUCCCGAAGAAAUCGAGAGAAUCGCCGAACCCGUUUUAGACUCGGUUGAGAAUGUCCAUGCCGAGGAAAAUACCAGGACCGAACCCAUCGCUGAGGAGCCUGCUACAGAACCUGCAGCCUCACUCGUCUAUGAACCGCAGACAUCGGAAGACCCGUUGACUAGCGACGCUAUCGUGGACAACACCGCAACAACACGCAUUACUGCCGGAGCACCCACUGAAGAGGUCUCCACCGAGUCCUGGAUCAGUGGACGCCGCUCAUCAACACCGGUGGGAGACAAUGGAUGGGACGCUCAGCAUUCCAUUCAGCAAGAAGAGCCUGAGAGCAAGCCAGAAACUGAGAGCAUUGAUCAGAACGAUGCGACGGCUCGUGUUGCCUCCAGUCAAGAACCCACACCGCAAGACCAGUCCAUGAUGCAAGUCGAAUCGGGCAUCCAGAUCGAGCUUGAAGAUGAGCAGCAUGUGCAGCCCCAAGCUUCGGAACAACAGCAUGAGCAACAGGAAGAAGAGAAAGAAGCUGCCCCGGAGCCCGACAUGUGGCUUGCCAUGUCCGACGCCGCUGGUGGGCCCCCCUCAGAUUUUAGCGAUGAUGCGCCUCCUGACGACGGUCCCGAUGACCACUCCGACAUCAACGAUGACGCUGCUGCAGAGACUGUCGCUGAUCAAUUCUCCGACGACGACGAAGCUGCAGCGCGGCCUGCACUUGACGACACGGUCGCGCAGGGAGAGGACUUUAGCAUGAUAUUCGCUGCUUCCAUCCCCUCCUUACGAGGCAGUCUAGGUGUUCGGCCCAAUGAGACGAUGGAAUUCGGCGAAGAAACAAGCUUCAUAAUCAGCCAGACACUUGAGUCUUUCAGAAAGUCGAGGGCUGGAGAAGAGACUGCCGCUCAAAACGAAGGAAGCCCUGAUCUGAGUUAUGAUCACAGUCGGGUCUUGCAAGAACAGCGCAACGGCCGCGAUGACGAUCAUGACGAAGUCCGUCGCGAUGACGUUCAGGAUGUCGAAUCUAACCAGGCUGAUCAGGACGAGGCUCAAGGCGACAGUACCAAUGUCGACGAUCUCCCAGUUCUUCCAGUUUUGAGCCAGCAAGCCCCGACUACCUCUCAGGCACAGCUUGACCUCAAUUCCGAAUGGUCUGAGGCUCCUGACGAGGUUCUCGAGGCUGCCGUGCCGCGUGAGCACGAACAAGGCGGCGACGAGCGGUCUCCUAUCAAACGCUACAGACCUGCCGCUCGCAUCUCGUCGCCAGAGAUGUCUGCUUUAUACGAGGACCCAUUCCUCGAUAUUGCCGAGAAACAGGCGGCUGCGCAAGCACCUAGCUCCCUUGCUCGUAGGCUGUUUUCAUCUUCUAGAAAGCCCCAGUCUCAAGCAGCCGCAUCGUCUCCAGCCGAGCCAACCCCGCGACCGCUGGCCCGUCAAUCUCUUGCCCGCCAGGUGCUUUCUUCUGCGCAGAAGUCGAUGGACGUUGACUCGUCGCCAGUGAGAUCAGUAGCAGAUGAGGAUGAGUUCCCCGAGGUCCCAGACAAUGUGCUUGCAGCCUUUACUCCGGCUAAGUCUCAGUAUCUGUGGUCCAACAAACCCUCUGCUUCCGGAUCCGCCGUCAAGUCACCCGCCACCAAGGCAACGUCGCUUGGAAACACCUUGGAGAUGACUGACGCCGAGUCUGCUGCUUCUCCCUCUGGCUCAGUACGCGGCCGUUCAGCUUUGUCGCCCGCCAAGCGCCACCUUUCCCCUUCAUUGGCUCGAUCCAGCCCCCGACGCAAGCCGGUAUCCCUGAGCAGACAGUUGUUUAACUCAAAGGUGCAGGAGGCGCGACAUGCGGAUAUUGAUCACAACGUGGAUGCCAUCCCUAUUGAUCUCAAGGGCAAGGCGACGCCCAACGUAGACCAUGACGAGUCUGCUGCCUACAACGAUUCCUGGUCCGAAAUACCAGAAGACGUGCUGGACGCUGCGGUGCCUGAGUGGUAUUUGGCUCAGCGUAAGGCUGAGGAGCGCGCCAAGAAUACACAUGAUCUCGAGAAGGACACUCUCGACCAGGGAGCUCACGAUGCUUCUCUCAUGGAUGAGGAAGAUGACGAAGACGUUCAGAACGUGGGCUCAGUGGAAGACCGCGUCGGGGAGGACGACAACCUCAGCGAGAACGACAUGCAGGAGGAGCUCUCCGAGGAGGAAGCGUUUGAAGAGGAUGUCCAGGAUGAGGAUGAGGAAGAAGAGGCGCGUGACGACGCCCAGAUGGACUACGUUGACAACGACAGUGCCCACGAUGAUAUGGCUACCGAAGGCAACACAACCCAGAAGGACAUCGCUGCUGCUUCGUCCCCCAGGAGCCGUGCUGCUUCUGUUGCUAGCACGCAAGGACGUCUGCCGACCCCCGAGCUUACAUCUUCGCCCCUUGACAGCACCGUGAUCUCUCAUCACGACCGCCACGGAACGGCCCAAGAGCCUGCUGCAGAGCCUGCUGCCGGGGACACUUUACCCGAGCUCCCUGCAGCAACUUCGAAGGCGAGACCGACGCUCGAUGUUCUUGUGACGGAACCCGAAGCCCAGCAAAAGUCGACACCCACGGCGCCAGAGCUCUCGUCUCAACGUACUUCUCAAGAUGCCAACAUGCUAGCUCCCCGCUCUGCUUCUGCUGAGCUGGGACAUCGCCCGUCUCUGUCACCCAUCGUAAGGGCUGGGCUUGCUUUGCAGAGCGUCACCUCCGAGGCUUCGUCGCCCAUCUCCCGGCAGAACUCAUUGGGCAGUCCUUUCAGGCCCGCGACGAACGCCACGCCUGGUCACACGGCUAGCCGCUCUAUUGAGCGUCCACACUCCAACCAUGUCGUUCCGAGUUCCUCGAAGCUUAUCGCCACCGAGACUCCCAAGCAGCGGCCCACGACGUCGGCAGAUCAGUCUGCGAGCCAGUCCGGCGCCAAGUUCACUGGUGCCAGAAAGGGAUGGUUCCCGCCGCUGUCCAAUAUUCUCCAAGCUGGCGCCAAAUUCUUCUCGCCUACAGCGGUAACCUCCGCGCGCGAGCAGGCGAGCCUCGAGUCCCCAGCGGCGAAACUGGUGGCGCGUGAUCCCUCCCAAUCACUCAACAGAAUGAGUGAUUCUUUUGCGUCGGGGCGAGAGCAAGAGGUCGUCGCAUCUUCUGGUGACUCCGACUCUCUCCAUGUUGCUCCCCCUCAUGAGGAGGAGUCGAGCUGGAUGGUCGACGAGCAGUCUCCUGCAGCGGCCCCCCGAGAAGAGACCGUCUUCCAGCACCAGGCUACCAGCCCGAGCCUGAGUGUUGCGUUUGGUUCCGUCGCUGGAUACAGUUCGCAUGCCCAUGAACCAAGCGUCGUUGCGCCGACGCAGAAUUCACCUCCCCAUGCAACUGCCGCGGGCGAGGACGAAGACGAGGAGGACAUUUGGGAGGUUGAGGCACAGCGAGAUACUCCUAAGGGCUCUCGCCAACAACCCUUCGGUAAGCGGUCAAGUGUACGAGGUACUGGCUCCCUGCGUCAGAAACCAUUUGGUACGAGUCCCCGCAAGAGGCACCAUCCCUACGUCAAAGCCCGGCCCGUUGUGCCCAGUCCGUGGACGAAGGCCGGCAAAGAGAAUGAGCCCCUGGGAGACGAAGUGACAGGCCUGACACCGGCCAAGGCACAGGCCGCCGAAGCAGCACGAAGCGUUCAGAAGAGCGCACAGUCCAGCCGCCAAAACAAAAUGUUAAGCUUCUUCUCUUCUCCAGCCCUCCUGCCAGGUAUGGAAAACGCUCAGGCCGCUCUCGAGCGCAAGAGGCGCGAUCUCGCUGCCCAGGAAGAAGCUGCCAACCGUCCAGCCGAGAGCCUUAUUCACGUACUACAGACGAGCAACACAAUGUUUCCGACGGUUCCGUUCAAGAGCGCCAAUCCGUUUGCCAACGCCAGAGCACCUGCGCCUAGCUCGCUGAGGAAGUCUGUUCUGGCGCCCAGCACACCAGACCGGUCGCAGGUCCAGUCCCGCGGCAAGUCAACGCAGAAGAGCCUUGGGGUGUCCAAGCUGUCGUUCGCGCCGACACAGUCCGCGACACCUGUUCGGACGCACCUUUCCCACGCCGACAUAGAGAAGUGGCAGGAGGAUUCUGCUCUGGAAGAGUCAUCUUCUUCCCCCGAUCAUCGACUGAGGUUUCUCCGCACUCUGCCACCGAAGAACGCUUCGCCCAGCAAGUCCGCGAUGCGAUCGCCUCUGAAGGCCCACACUCCCGGUCCUGUGGUAGAAUGGGAUAGCGGCGUCGAGUCGCCGAUGACUCAGGCGCAGAAGCGUUUCGAGAGAGAGCUUGAGCAGGCUGCUGUAGAUGACUUUGCUCGUCGCCAAUGGGAGGCCCAGCACAGUGCCACGAGGAAGAGUUUGAGCAGACAGCGCACAGUCAGCGAGGUCGCUACCCAUGACGACGAAGUCAGCAACGAAGAAGUGAACGAAGAAGAUGCUCGUCAGGAGCUUGUCGGCGACGAUGACAAUAAUGUUGAAAUGAUCGACGCCCCAAGCGUCGAGACGGAGGAGGAACUCUCAUCGAGCCCUCCUCGCACGCAGCUGGCAUCCAACCAGCCCAGAGAAUCCUCACAGCAAAGAGGACUCUCGAUCGAGCUUGAGCUCCAGCUCCAACGCGAACGCAUGGAGCAAUACGCGCUGGAGCGACAGGAGGCACUGCGACGUCAAAAGGAGGAGAUUGAGCUUGCAAACCAGCAGAGGCUCGAAGAAGAGAAGAGAGCCAAGGAGCUGAAAGAGAUUGAGCGAGAGCGCUACCGCAAGCAGGCCGUGGCAGAGUGGGAUCAGCCGCUUUCCAGGACCGUCUGGGGCGACACCCACUACCGCUACAUGCAUCGCCUCAUCAAGAUGCGGCGCAAGGGUCCAUUCAACUAUGUCUUCCCGGAGGACUUUGAGCGUCGCACGGGAUGGCUCAUGGGCCAGACCGUUCUCGCACAUGACGAGACGCAGCAGAGGCUUGUGCUGAACGCCUGGCACCUCAACGUCAUUGACGUGUUCAUGAGCGAGGUCAAGGGGGUCUGGGACGAACUCGAGCUGGCCAUCAGGCUCUUCUCCAUCGUCGUCAUGGAGCGACUGCGCGAGGAGUGGCACCUUCCCCUCGAUGAGAUACGGAAGGCCAUGGUGGCCCAGCGCGCAGCGUUGGCGGCGCAGGCCGAGGCUGCUGCCAACGCACAGGAGGUUGCGGAGGAUGAUUACGAGGACGACGAGGAGUACUCGGGAGUCUAA